GAGAACGCACGCGACUUUCAGUUUGAAUCUGAGCGCGGUUUUGAACGGUUCACAAACGGAGAUUUGCCGGGUUGUGUGCGAGUAAGUGAGUGUCAGGGUUUGUUUUUUUCUUCUUCUUCCGUUGCGUCUUUGACCAUUCGCACGGGUGCAUUUAUUAAUUGUGCUGAGCCUGGUUGCUUUCGGUGUGCGUUUGAGUGUUGAAGAAAACAAAAAAAACAUAUAUUGGAUGAGUUUUUGCGCGUGCAUUGCAAAAAGCAAAAUUGGGGUAAAAUAUUGUAUCGUGUUGAAGGAAGUUGAAGCAAAACAGUAAAUUAAUAUCGGUGCUGUUGUAGUUCGAUUUCGGUGACAUAGAUUGACCAAAAGGUGUUGUGCUCUAUCAACCGUACGCGGUGCGUGUACGGAAGAGAAGGUUUUUAUCUUAUCUUAAGCAAGAUGUGUGACAGAGUGCGCGACAAGACAUCGCGUCUUGAUUGUGAUUGUGAGCCCUGAUUGAACGAGUGCACUUGCAGGCCAUUUUCCAAACUGUUGUCCCAAGGAAUCGGUAAAAAAACUACAUUGAGACAGAUAAUCAGUACGUGCUGAUCGAAAGUGUACUUGGGUAGAUGUUAAAGGGAAGGGAGAACUUUUUUUCUUUAAAUACACAAAUUGCUUUAUUAUUUAUCGCGCGAUUCGUAGUCAUCGACACGAUGAGUCAAACAGCCUGUUGGGGGGAAGUUGGGUGUGCAAAUUUCAUAAUUAUUUGACUAAUGGGUUGGGGCUAUCCAUGUCACCAAACCUACACACAGCGACCAAACGCACAAACCCGACGGUUGCAAAAUGCAAAUUUGCUGUGCGAAUCGUGCGAAUGCAUUAAAUUAAGAUAAGAAACGGUAGGCAAUGGCAAUGCUGACGGCGCUCUGUUUGGUGUUUUGCCAUCAGGUCUUGCGUCCAUCUAUCGCUGCUUAUCAGACUUAAUGGGAUCACAUUUGUUGUGAUAGUUGUUUAACGACCAAGAAAGAAACAUCCAUCUCCUUUUAUUUUGGUGCUCAUUCGCCCACUCGGAAGUGGGGUUGAUUUGUUGUUAAAUAAUUUUAAAUUUCUUAUCUAUUAAUAGUUGGCUAAAUGAUAGUUCCAUUGAAAUCGUUAACGAAAUUGCUUUGAUUGGAAGGAAAUGAAGUAGAAUGAAUCGGUGCUUGGUUGUGCAUCAAUUGCGAUUUUGCUCCCCUACAGAUGAAGAGACCUUCACGCAGCGUAAAAAAAGAAAUUCCGGGAAAUGUUUGCACGCCCUUGCAGUAUCAGUGAUAUGGACAAAGCAUGCUUACACGCGUACGGUAGUAUGGCUAGCCAUUUAUCUGUCCACAUUGCAUAGUGAAUGUGCCAGCGAGCGAUAAGCGAAACCCAUUCCUUACCGUUCGGGAAGAGGCCCAAGCGACUCACUGUCCAGUGGCCCCCCUCUGUCUGUCAUCUUCGUCAUCGGACAUUCUUUUACCCGAAUGGUACCGGAAGGCCACACCACAGUUCAUGGCUCGAUCAGCAAUGCCCCAUUCCGGUGGUCGCAAAAGGGCAAUGAAACCGUGGACGGAUAUUCAAGGAUGAGGAUUUUCAUUUCGCACCUCACUUUGCUGCGCAGUUUUGCUGCUACUGCUGCAACGGAACAAACUGAACCGAUCAAUCGAAUCGUGAAGUCUUCACCCCUAGCGAAUACGAAUUCGUGCUGGGGUUUGCAUAUUGCGUGCGCAUGUUAUUUGGCGCCUUUGGUCAGCGCCUGGUGUUUUGGACACGCGAAUGCAGAGGCGUUCGAUAUGUGAGCGCGGACCCGGUGGAGAGUACGUCCUGUCUAGACACACGGCACUACAAUGUAUUCCCUGGGUUGUGAUGCAUUUGUGGAUGCCGUGUAAUGAAACCGAAAGGAAACAUGUUCGAAAAAAAAGGACCGAAGUACAUGUAAGAUCAUUUCCUGAGGAGGUACUCGGUGCAUUGCUCGAGAGGACGAUGACAGUUGGAAUUUUACGUUGACUGGUGUUCGACAUCAAUUCUUCGGGGGAGCAGAGUUCUUGGUUUUGGGACAGGAAGGAAGAAUAAUGGAUGCUCUCCUAGUGUCUUCUACCAAGUCUUCGGAUUUAGAUACAUCAGAGUACGUACCUGAGCACGAUCGCAAUUUAAAGCGCCCCAUUCGUACUAAGCGCACCACAGUUCAAUCGUUUAUGCUUACUUACAUGCAUGAUAGUGACAAGGCAAACCGGAAACACGAUCAGCGUGUGCUCCGAACUGCAUCGACAUUCGACCUGCAAAUUGAUUUAUUGAACCAGCACCCAGACGCACCACAAGAUCGUGCCUGAUAGAGGCUAGUGCCAGGUAGGAUGCUUUUUUGUGUGUGUUGUUUAACUGUCUGACUGUCACUCGCAGGGGGGGUAAUUGUUCGGGGUUUUUGAAUCUCAAGCCGUACCCGUGUUGACAGGCUCGAUUUAUCGUCAAGAAUGUUCCCGCUGCAUAAAGGAAGCUGUAAAGAGAGGAAAUUCCACGCGCGCUGCAAAACGGAAUUAAUAACCAAUAUCCUUCAUGUUGGCUCUUGCGGGUUGUUUGGAACAAAGUCGAUCGGCUGCACCACAACGGCCAGACAGGGCUUAAAUAUCUCGCAAAAGGAUCAACAUACCAACCGUCCAAGCGAUGGAUAGCCUUGGUGAGCGACCUUACCAGUGUCAACAGAAUGGCUUUGACACGAGCUUUUGAUCGUUUUCGAACCACACGGCGGCACAAUUAGAUCGGAUCGUUUUUUUCUUCUCUCCGCUCCAAUUCAGAUUUCGAUUUGUUUGUUUGUACUGUGCGUAAAUUAAAAGAUGCAUUCUUCUCCGGGUUUUCAUUUUCCACCAGGGGCAUAUGGGCAAAAAAACGGAGCAUUGAUUGCGGUGAUUAAAUGAUUAUAGUUGAAGCAUCCCUUGCGGGUUGUCAAUUAAUGCGUACCUUUUGUGGUUUUCAUGCGUGCCUGAAACUGACCAUUAACUUUGCGGCUCCGCACGUAAGUGUGUAGUGUCUUAUUUUCACCUUGAUCGAGCGCUUUGCUUCUGCAAACAGAUCGUUAAACAGAGUGGAAGUUGAAUGAUAGUGAUAACGUGGUACGCUUUUGGUAGGGUGUUGAUUAACUUUGCCAAUCUCAAGGCAUCACUUGUUCCGUGAGAGGUAUAGAGAUCGAAGAUGUAGAACAAGUUUGGAAAGUCUGUGUUCUACAUUUAAUAUCAAAAAGAGAUCUCGUUUUAUUGAACCUUGAAAUUCCGAUUCUAACCUUUACUGUAACGAGACUAAGAAGAGAGAGUGGCGUUAGGAAAUGCAUAAAUUCCAAGAUAUCAGAUAGCUGUGAGUACGACAGUACGCGGGUCAAUCACACAAAUCAUUUGGAAGAAAAGUAUCGGUUUCUUGUUUAAUGAGUUCAUUCAUCGAACGAAAUGCCGAUUCGUGACCGUCCGUGACACUGUGCGUCCGGCACGAGAAUGGCGUCACGGAAGGCAAACAUGGCACGGGAGGGAACGCUAUCUUUGGGUCUGGAAAUGGAAUGAUCGACCUCCAAAAGUGUGCUACCGCGACGAGUGUUUUGAUCGCCGUGUGUUAUGGGCGCGAUCACGGGCAAUCCGGCGCCUGUGCCUGUCACAACCCGCCGCCAAAUGUCACAACAAGCCGGACCGAGGGUGCUUUAGGCUUUUAAGCCGUCUCCAUUUUCGGGUGUCUCCAAAUGGGGGAAGGAGUCAUGAAUCACGCAUGAUCGGCGUUUUUUUUUUUGGUGAAGGUCUCGGGCGCUAUUCCAUCUGAAACGGCAUCAUUUGUAGACUUCCUACUGCUGCGGGGUGUUGGUCUGGAUUACAGGUUGUAAAGUGUAUGUGUGUGUGUUGAUAUUGAUGCUUACAUUGGGUGAUUACCCUGGAAGCAUCAGGUAUUUGACUGCGAUGCUUCCCAGCUAUUGGGCUACAGGCUAGUUCUUACUGUUGCUGGAGGCUAUCUUAAAAGGGGGGACCACUAUGGAGUUCCUCGUGCAAGUCUUUGUUUUGAUGUUUAGUUCUUGUAGAAACCGGUCGAGCGAUAGGUAAAUGAUGACUAGACACUCUCCAUUAACUACAGCAACAACCGACCACAACCGCACAGCAGGUAACAGGUAGAGAUUACCUAAUUUGGAACAUGGUUUAUGAUCUGCGGAACUUCGUAAUCGUGGAGGUUAACGCCAGCCCAAGAUGUUUUGAUCGCACGCAGAUACCGAAGGUACUUCUCCUACGAGGAAGGGUGAUACCCGGAGGCACUAACGAUUUGAUAUGUGUCGACGCGUGUGCAUGCGUGUCAGAUAAUUAUUCAAUUAUCAGGUGUUUGGAACGGGUGAUUGACGUGCGGUGUCUUGGCAGACGGCGAUAAUGUCCGGACGGUUGUCAACGCUUCCUGUUGGGAGAUAAAGAUGGAAUCUCUUGAGUGUGCCAAACGUUGAUGGAGAACUAAAUUGCUAUAAUUGUUUUUGAUUAACGUACGAUACAAACGUGCCGGGAAGCUGCACGGUACACCAAACCGUGCGAUAAAUUUUGAAGUUGUCUAAUCUCUUCUCUUGAUUCUCUUUGUCCUGGGUUGUGUGUUUUGGUUUUGGAUACAAAAAAAACUCAUUGUACGCAAUGUAUAGCCGAUCAGAGUAUUGCUCUGUAGGUAGACCUUGUACUCCCGUCACCUCUCAGUCACGAUGGCGUACAAUUAUAACUUCAUUCAUAUUUCAGCACGGUGCAUAGAUACACUUGCACGCGUAGCAAAAUGACGUAUAUUUCCGCUUCUUUUUUUCUUUUCCACGCGAAGAAGCGCACGACCUUAUGAAUGUCUCAGCGCAUCGGUAAACAUCGUUGUGACCCCUAAACUGCCAGGAGACGACGAAUAGCGGCGGUGCACUGGGUCGGAUCAACUGUCACAGGCUGCGUAUCGUUUUGCGCCGUAAUACGAAGAUCAAGGCACACUUUAUCUUACCGUCCGGUAUCCGGCUCGUGCAGCGUGCCCUAUUGUGCAUUGUCCCCGAACUGAUCGGCAUCGUAAAAGAAACUUCCCCUCCUCCACCUACAUCUGGACGAAGGGCGCCUUCCAGGCCAUGUGCGCCUGGUCGUAAAAUGGCGCCAAACCGGUGUGUGGCGACGAUCGCGUUGUCGCCGUUGGUUUAUGUUGACCACGACACAUCGUGAACGAGCAAUUUAUCUCACACGCCACCUCACCUCAACGGAGCGUCCCAUAAGGUUGGGACACGGGUAGAAACUUGACACUGGGCUGUCUUGAUCACCGGUAGGGUCCCAUCGUUCUGCUCUAGCAAGAGUUGGUGGAAUUCAUAAUGAUCCAUACACUGUACACCCUCAUAAAAAAGGGAAGAUGAUGGUGAAGUGGCAAAGUGUGGAAGUGAGCAUAUUUGGGCAUAGCAAACCCGUUUCCCCCAGGUCUGUCUCACACGCGUCAAGAUGAUGUGUUGUUGGGGGCGCUUCGGUGUAACGUCGGUCAAGGUUAAGCAGAACCAAGUGCUUGAACUCCAGUUUGGAUAUAAAACGCUCCGCAUCGAAAGUACGGAAGAUCGUUUGUUUACAUUUGACGUGUCGUAUCGAACGCGUUGGCCCCGGGUGGCGUCGGCGUACUCGGGUGUACUCCCAUCCGCGCCUAGGCCCAUCCGUUCGUGCCCUUUUCGGAGUUACAGCCCUAGAAUAAGGUGACCUUUUUUGGGCACUCUCUUCGUGCGGGAGUUACCUCUCCAGUACGGUCAUUGCCAUGGACGUGUCUCCAAUGUUCGGAAGAGAACGAGCUGGAAGAGAACAGCCAGAGAGCACGAACGCCUACGACACACACCUUUGAGCAUUUGAUGGUUGUUGAUGUAUUAGAACCGGUCCGGUGUGCGCGAUUGGUAUCGGGUUGUACAAAAGGAGUGUUCCUAGCAGCUCACCAUGUUGGAGCAGCUAUCGGAACUCUGUGCCAUGAACUGCGCUUAAAUCUGGAUCGGUUUUAUAAUUGCGCACCGCAUGUUUGUGGCGACGAGUGUGUUUUGUCCGGACCAGGAAGUUGUCCAACGAUCAGUGUAAGAGGACGCGCGAGGAGAACUCAUUAGAAUAUGUGAACUUCUAUUAAUCUAUACCGACCGAUGCCGAACAGAGGGGAUGGGGAUUAAGUUUAUGAUGUUUAGCUGCCGCUUGAUGUGCUGCCAGGCGGAGUUUGCCACAUUUGCUGCUUGAUUACUCGUCUUCGUGUCCCGUUUACUGUGUGUGAUGCCGCCACCACGCAGGAUCGUCGGAGCCACAAGUGUUUUGAAGCGAACCUGUUACCGCCAUCAAUAAUCAAAAAAAAAAGCAGAAGAAAACAGCAAGAGCACUGUGACUGUGUUGUGACUGCCGAUUUCUGCCGAGUCUUCUAGCGUAGCGGAUUGUGCAAACUUGUGUGCCCCACCGCAUAGAAAAGGAACAGAACAGAGGCGCUCACAUGUAUACCGUGUGAGGUUGCUUACCAGCUCCCGGAUAGUUUGGUGGUUUCAACUCGGUUCAGUUUUCGGGAUGCGUUCGUCGGAUUAUGUGCUGGUGCGUGGACGAGUGCGAAUAGCUGACAGUAAAACGUGCGCCUAGUUGUUGCGUGUACGGUUCGGAUCGACGAAGAACGUUUUUUUAACCCAUCAGCUUAAGAGGGGUUUAAUAGACGAAAAAUCGAGUAGACAAAAACAGAUUAUUAAAGAUUACGCUGUAAUUGUGAAUCGUGUACGAAGCGAAACUGUGAACGAACAACAUUCAGUUACAAGUGCUACAUUCAAACAACCGUGCUCAACGUGCUGGAAACAGGAUCAAUAUGGCGACAUUGCUGAAAAACGUUACCAACAGUAUAUGCCAUGCGUUCAAUGCUUUGCAGCAAAAUCGUGAUGGAUUUGUGAGCAAGUCUAAGUUGAAGGUGCUAACGGCAAACAUCGCAACACUGCUGGAUCUGUACGGUGUGGAGCGUGGACUGGAUCACUUCCGUUCGACGGCAACACUGAACUUCGAACACUAUCGGUAUUAUCUGGCACAGGAAGUGUUUGCCGGUGUGUCCAAUGAGUUGCCCCUGGCGGCACUGCGCAAUUAUGAAACCAAAAUCGAUGAGGUGUGUUGGUUGGUGUGUAGGAUGAAUUUCCCGGCGAAUGAUCAAUACUACACGGAGGAAGCGGUUUAUAAGCUGUUCCGCAUAUUCUGUCUCGUGGCCGAUCUUUCCACCGAUGCAUCCGAACCGAACCGGUACGCGGUAAAGAUACACCCGAUGGAGGCGCUGAUCAUCAUCAAGCAUCUGCUAAAUGCGCUCGGGCUUAACUACGAUGGUGAUGGCAAGUAUGACUACCUGCGGACGUCCGAUCAGUCGCUAGAAUUCGGUGAGUUGCUGGAGAUGUUACGGUUCAAGAACUACGAUAAGGUGAAUGAUUACCGCGAGUCGAUCUGUGAGGCGAUCGGUGACAUGUACCAAACGCUGAUCGAGGACGUCAUCAAGAAGGGUUACCUGUUCCGGCGUGGUUACGUGUUGCCUACGUUCCGCGAGUACUUCUUCGUGCUGCAGCCUUGUGAGUUGUCGUACUAUAAGCAUCCGGCAGAUCGGGAAGUUUGCGGUACGAUCGUGCUAGACUCCCGGUUUAUGGUCAAACCGGCGGGUAAUCCAAGCUCAGGCAAGCAGGAAAAAGUGCAACGAUUCACACUUGUUUCGGGUGAUCGGACGUAUGAGUUGGGGACUCCCGACCAUAAGACCCGGCUGCAGUGGAUUGCAGCUCUCCAGCUAGCCAUAACGUACUCUACCGGGCGCGAAGGUUUCCAGCGCGAUACGGUCAACAGAAGAAAGCAGCAACGGGAAGCCGAACAGCGGCGACGACGGGAGGAGGAACAGCUACGCAGUCAACAUUUGCGCCGGUUAGAGGAAACCCACGUACAGCUGGAGCGAGAAAAACAGGCCCGUUUGGCGGCUGAAUCACAGGCACGUCAGUACGAAGCCGUCGCACGGGAAGACUCACGGCGCGUGGCCGAGCUGGAGGACGUAAAGCUGUGUCUGGAGAAGAUGCUGGAGGACGAGAUACAGGCCAAGCGUGAUGAGGAGAUUGUGCGUGCGCUACAGGCGCGUGUAUUGGCCGAGGAGUGGGAAAAGCGCGAGGAGCUGGAACAGCUGCAGGCUGAGCAGAAGAGUCUGCUGGAACAGGAGCGACAGAAGCGCAUGGAGUUCGAGCAUCGGCAGCAGGAGAAUGAGCAGAAGCUGUUCGAAGCGGAAGGUAUGCUGAGACAGCUAGAGGAGGAACGUAAAAGGUUGGACCGCGAACUGAAGCUGGCCCGCCAGAAGAUACAACUGUCGGAAGAUAACAAAGGCAUUGUGGAGGCAAAACUACAGGCCAUGUCUCCCACUUAUCGGACCAGCGCCGGUGAGUUUAUGAUCCGCCGUACACAAUCGUUCGUAGCAGCCGAUCGACCAGUGCUCGUAGCCGGUACCAGAUCGUCUCAUCGGUUUAGCUAGAACAACCAAGUCAUACGCUACGGAUCCGGAACAAAACAAAAAGAUUCGGUUCGGUUGCGACAUAACUUAAUCACACGCUUCAUUUUUGUGUAUGAGUGCAUAUUUUUUCUGUUACGGUCCUACUUUUUUUGUAAGCACUAAUCACCAUUCCACACCCACUAUUGUUGUAAGGAUUUUUAUUUAAUAAAACUUUAACGCAUAAAGUC